CGGGCAGAGCACAGCGCACGGGCGCCUCUCGGCCUGCUCUCCUUCUUCUUCCUCUUCUUCUUCCUCCUCCGAUCUCUCCAAACCCUAGCAGCAAUCCAAAUCCUCUCGAUCGCCUCUCGGUCUCCCAUGACCGCCUCCUCUGGCGGCGACGGCGGCGGCUCAUCUCCGGCGCCCCGGGCCAUGAAGCGCGAGCUCGCUUUCGCUCUGCAGUCGCUCUCCGAGAUUACCACCUCCCUGGGCCGCACCCGCUCCCGCUCUGGCCGCUCCCUCUCUUCCCCCGCCUCCUCCGCGCCGCCUGCCAAGAGGCGGAAGCCUAGAUCACCGGACCCUCCCAACAAGGAUAAGGAGGAGGACCCUGCGGAUCUGCUUUCCUCCCCGCCCACGCCGCCCUUGGAUGCCGAGGCGCCCAAGGCCAGCCAUGACGCUGAUGUCGAUGGAGAGGCGUCCAAGGCCGGCAGCUACGUCGUCGACGCCGGCCUGCCCAAGGCCAACCACCGUGCGGACGACCUCAUCACGGUGGAUGCCGAGGCGCAGCCCAACACCAACGGCGGCGACUCCGACCUCAUGGGCGCCUUCGCCCGCCCCUGCCUCGGCGCCCCUUCGACAGGGGAGGAGCAUGGAUCCACUCCUGCUGCAGUCCCCCCUCAACAUCCAAAUGGUACAUCCAAUGCAUCUGGAGAAGACACCGGUGUCAUGACUCAAUCUGCCGGAUGUGAUGCCGAGGCUGCGAAACAGGACGCAGGAGCCGAGCCCAAUGCUGCUGCUGCGCUUGCAAUGCCGGAUGUGGAUGAGCAUGCCUGGUUGUUGGAACUGGAUGCACCUCCAACUUUGCAGGAAUUCACUGCUGUAAUGGGUGAAAGUCCAACUCUGGAUGAGCUCUUGGAUGCCUGCUUGGGGUCAGGUAUGUUGGACAAUGCCUUUGAUGAUCCUCUUUUGGCCACUGAGGGUGCAAGUUCAACUCUGCAAGAAUCCACUACUGUGAUUGUCCAACAUCACAAGGAGGAGCUCAUGGAAGCCUGUCAUGGAUCAAAUGGAUCAAGUAUGCUGGAUAAUGUCCUGGCCGGUUCUCCUUUGGUCACCGAGGGUGCACAUCCAACUUUGCAGGAACCCACUUCUGUAAUUGGCCAACACCAGAGGGAAGAGCUCAUGGAUGCCUGUCAUGGAUCAAAUGGAUCAAGUAUACUGGAUAAUGUCCUGGCCGAUCCUCCUUUGGUCACUGAGGGUGCACAUCCAACUUUGCAGGAACCCACUACUGUAUUUGGCCAACACCAGGGGGAAGAGCUCACGGAUGCCUGUCAUGGAUCAAAUGGACCAAGUAUACUGGAUAAUGUCCUGGCCGAUCCUCCUUUGGUCACUGAGGGUGCACAUCCAACUUUGCAGGAACCCACUACUGUAAUUGGCCAGCACCAGAGGGAGGAGCUCACGGCUACCUGUCAUGGAUCAAAUAGACCCAAUGUCCUGGACAAUGUAUUGGCUGAUCCUCCUUUGGUCACUGAUGGUGCCGCCACUCCCGUUUCCACUUCUGGCCUGAAGCCCAGAAGACGCUUCACAAGAUCUCUACUCAAGAGCAAACCAGAAGAAGAUGCCGUAACCAGUGAAGUUCAAGGUAGCGAUGACAACAAGGAUGCCUCAGUUGACUUGGCUCCACCAUCGGAGAGGAGGUUCACAAGGUCACUGCUCAAGCCACCAGCUGAUACUGCAUCACCUCCAUCUGUAAAGAAGAUGGAGAUGAAGAUGUCUAAGAAGGUUGCAUGCUUCACAAAGCACCCAGGCAAUGUUAAAGAGUUGCUGCAGACAGGCCUGCUCGAGGGAAUGCCGGUUAUGUACAUCAUCCCAAAUAGCAAGAAGGCUGUGGUCAAAGGAGUGAUUACAGGUUGCAAUAUACGUUGCUUUUGUAUUAAGUGUAAUGGCUCUCGGGCUCUCUCUACUUAUUUCUUUGAACUACAUGCUGGGAGCAACAAAAAGCACCCUGCAGAACACAUUUAUUUAGGGAACGGUAAUAGUUUGCGGGAUGUGCUGCGUGCCUGUUGUGGUUCUUCUUUGGAAUCUCUGGAAGAAACUUUCCGGUCUUCAAUUGACCCCAUGGUUAUAAGGAGCCGACCGAAUUGCCUGAAUUGUGGCGGGCAUCUUCCUUCAUCAGAAACAGAACACUUUCUGUGUCACUGUUGCCUUGAUUCAAAACAACCUCAAGAUCCUCCUUCCCCAUCUUAUUCAUGUAGCAAGAGUGAUUCCAGUAUGACUCCAAGUUUCAAGAGUUCUUCGGUGAAGAUAUCAUCAAUCAAGAAGGCUGGGAGUUCUGGAAAAGUGACAACGAAGGAUACUGGACUACACAAAUUGGUCUUUAAGGUUUUGCUUGAUGGCACUGAAGUAGCUUACUAUGUUGAUGGGCAGAGAAAAGUCGAUGGCUAUAUCAAGGAUCAAAGGAUCUACUGUAACCACUGCUCGAGAGUGGUUAGCCCCUCAGCAUUUGAGGCUCAUGCGGGUGAGGGUUCAAGACGCAAACCGUAUGACAACAUAUUCACAUCGAAUGGGGUAUCACUGCAUGAGUUGUCGAUGAAAAUAUCAAAAGAUAUGGAAUUGUCGGAACGUGAAACUGAUGAUCUGUGCAGAGAAUGUGGUCUAGGGGGGGAUAUUUUCCCUUGCAAAAUGUGUCCAAGGUCAUUUCACCCAGCUUGUGUUAGGCUCUCUGAAUUCCCGUCAGAGUGGUUUUGUGAUAAUUGCAGCAACCUUGUUCAAAAGGAAAAAGCUUUAGCGGCAAAUAAAAAUGCUAAGGCUGCUGGGAGGCAGGCUGGAGUUGACUCCAUUGAACAGAUAAUGAAGAGAGCUAUAAGAAUUGUCCCAAUUUGUGAUGACCUUGGAGGGUGUGCCCUGUGCAAGAAAAAGGAUUUUAACAAUGCAGUAUUUGACGAGCGCACGGUGAUACUCUGUGAUCAAUGUGAGAAAGAGUACCAUGUAGGAUGUUUGAGGACUCAAUGGCAGGUAGACCUGAAGGAAUUACCAGACGGGGAGUGGUUUUGUUGCAGUAGUUGCUCCGAGAUACGCUCCUGCUUGGACAAGAUGAUUUCUGAUGGAGCCCAGCCUUUGUCAGGGUCAGAUCUUGAGAUCAUAAGAAAGAAACAUGAGUCGAGAGGUCUAAGCAUGGACACUGAUAUAGAUAUCAGAUGGCAAUUACUUGCUGGUAGAAGUGCCACUGAAGAUGGCAGCUUACUGCUUUCCUCUGCUGUCCCAAUUAUUCAUCAAUCUUUUGAUCCAAUCAUUGAAGCUAAUACCGGUAGGGAUCUAAUUCCUGAGAUGGUUAAUGGAAGGAGACCUAAGGAAGGAAUGCCCGGCCAAGAUUACAGUGGAAUGUACUGUGCAGUCAUAACUCUAGGUUCUACUGUUGUGUCGGCAGCACUUUUGCGCAUCAUGGGAGGUGACGUGGCUGAACUGCCACUGGUUGCUACAAGUAUGGAUCUUCAAGGACUGGGCUAUUUCCAAGUUUUGUUUUCAUGCAUGGAAAGGAUGCUCAUCUCACUGAAGAUCAAGCACUUCAUGCUUCCAGCCGCCCAGGAAGCUGAAGCAAUCUGGAUGAAGAAGUUUGGUUUCUCUAGAAUUCCUCAGGAACAGUUGGAAGCUUAUCUUAAUGGGGCACACCUGACUGUAUUCCAUGGAACGUCGAACCUGUACAAGGCGGUGCCUUCGCCAUCUCCCGGAGAUUGAAGCGUUUUGUUCAACAGAUAUGGUGAUCAGACAUUUGGAGGCUCUGCUGGUAACUGUACAUAAGAUGAAGCAUGGCAAAAGGAUGAUGAUAUACUUCAAGGGGAACAUAAAAGAUAGUGAUGGAAGUAAAGUAACCGAGGUCUGCGUGAUGUCUGAGAUAGAUGUGGAGAUGCUGGAAGCCAUGUGCUGCCAUUUUCUUUCUUUUUUCAGCUGAGUGGCAAAUGUAGGCCAUCUCAGAAACUGCAGAUUUUGAUGAUGCGAGACUGGUCUCUCCUGAUGUUGUCGGUUCCGUGACAGAAGUUUUGAUCUGUUUGUUGGGGUACCUUCCAUAGUGUUUGUCUCAGAAUUUUGUAAGGAGUGGUGAUAAAGUGUUUUAUUUAUGUCCGGA